GUCAUCCAAACCCCCGAGCUCUACUAUUGAGAGGCUACAAAGCACCCCCAAAGCACCUCCGAUGCAGCCAUGAUGAUUGAACCAGACAGAAUCCGACCCGGUAAAGGCAUUAUGAUCGACCAUGAGAUGGAGAUGUUCUUUCUAGUCUCCCCUCAGAAUGAACCCGCGAAAUUAAAAGCAGCCGCAUGCCGUUGCCUAUCACAAGGCUCUUCCGCUCGCUCUCGCUUUUCCUCGAUUCCAAGGUGUCAAUGCAUUCUGGGAAAACCGCGCACCGAUGAUGCCAGUCGCGGCCCCCUCGAAUCACUCACUAUCCCUUUCGGACACAAAGGGCUCUCGAUGGUCUCUCUUAGAGCGACGAUAACCACCCUAGCUCUUGCUUUUGACCCGUUCAUAUAUCAAAUACUCACUUAUCCCCUCCGAGAGGUUCCAAUUGCUACUAGUCAUGCAGAGGCCAAACAAUCUGUGUCACUCUUCGUUGACUUGGACAUGGAUGCAGAGCCAGCUGACGAUUAUAUUACGGCCAGCGGCACAGUAAUUCACUCUGAAGUUCAAGUUGCGGUCAAGUGGGAAUGGCUCAGUCUACCUGCUGCACUCCUCAUGCUGAGUCUCAUCUUCUUCAUAUCUACAGCCUUAGUGAAUAGAACAGAGAAGCUUGCUUUGUGAAAGUUGACUAUUUUCGC